UCGCCAUACAUAGAUUGUUGUUCUAUUGGCUUUAGCGCCUUGCUGCUCGACGGCUGCUGAACCGACCUAGGGCGGCGCACUGCUCAUGGCGGACCGUAAACGCAAACUGGAAAUUGACGAGGAACCCGGUCGCCCUGGGCCUGCCCCAGAGGGCGCCGGUGUUAACCCUUUCACAGGCGCAACUUACAGCCAGCGCUAUUAUGACAUUCUUGCCAAGCGCCAUGGCCUGCCCGUGUGGCAAGCCAAGGACGAAUUUGUCAACAUGAUUCAUGGCCAUCAGACGACAGUGCUGGUCGGCGAGACGGGCAGUGGAAAGACGACACAGAUUCCGCAGUUCAUCGCGGAGGCGGGCUACACGGCGAACCGUAAAAUUGUCGCCUGCACCCAGCCUCGCCGUGUGGCCGCUAUGUCGGUGGCCCGGCGUGUGGCCGAGGAGAUGGACGUGAAGCUCGGCGAGGAGGUCGGCUACUCGAUUCGUUUUGAGGAGUGCUCAGGGCCUAAAACAUGCGUGAAGUUCCUCACUGAUGGUAUGCUGCUGCGUGAGGCCAUGACGGACCCCCUGCUGGAGCGCUACUCGGUGAUUAUUCUAGACGAGGCCCAUGAGCGCACGCUGGCCACCGACGUGCUGUUCGGCCUGCUCAAGGAGAUCCUGAAGAACCGCAAGGACCUCAAGCUGGUGGUGAUGAGCGCCACGCUGGAGGCGGAGAAGUUCCAGGGCUACUUCCUGGACGCGCCGCUGAUGAAGGUGCCCGGCCGCCUGCACCCAGUGGAAAUCUUCUACACGCAGGAGCCUGAGCGCGACUACCUGGAGGCGGCCAUCCGCACCGUGGUGCAGAUCCACGUUUGCGAGCCGCCCGGCGACGUGCUGCUGUUCCUGACGGGUGAGGAGGAGAUCGAGGACGCCUGCCGCAAGGUGACCAAGGAGCUACAGGGCAUGGGCGACAAGGUGGGCCCCAUCAAGGUGCUGCCGCUCUACUCCACGCUGCCGCCACAGCAGCAGCAGCGCAUCUUCGAGCCGGCGCCGGCGCCGGCGCGCGAGGGUGGGCCGGCCGGACGCAAGAUCGUCAUCUCCACCAACAUUGCGGAGACGUCGCUGACCAUUGACGGCAUCGUGUACGUGAUCGACCCCGGCUUCUCCAAGCAGAAGGUGUACAACCCCCGCAUCCGGGUAGAGUCGCUGCUGGUGUCGCCCAUCUCGCGGGCGUCCGCGCACCAGCGCGCCGGUCGUGCCGGCCGCACGCAGCCGGGCAAGUGCUUCCGGCUGUACACGGAGUCGUCGUUCAAGAAGGACCUGCAGGAGCAGACCUACCCCGAGAUCCUGCGCUCCAACCUGGGCAGUGUGGUGCUGCAGCUCAAGAAGCUGGGCAUCGACGACCUGGUGCACUUUGACUUCAUGGACCCACCCGCGCCCGAGACGCUCAUGCGCGCGCUGGAGCUACUCAACUACCUGGGCGCCAUCGAUGAUGACGGCAACCUCACACCCGUCGGCAACAUCAUGUCGGAGUUCCCGCUGGACCCGCAGUUAGCCAAGAUGCUGGUGGCGUCGCCCGAGUUCAGGUGCUCCAACGAGAUCCUGUCCAUCGCCGCCAUGCUGUCCUCGCCCAACGUCUUCCUGCGGCCACGCGAAGCCGCGAAGGCGGCGGAUGAGGCCAAGGCGCGCUUCACGCACAUCGACGGCGACCACCUCACCAUGCUGAACGUGUUCCACGCCUGGAAGAGCCACAACGAGGACUCCAAUUGGUGCUACGAGAACUUCCUCAACUUCCGCUCGCUCAAGUCGGCGGACAGCGUUCGCACGCAGCUGGGCCGCAUCUGCACCCGCAUGAACCUCAAGCUGGUCAGCACGCCCUUCGAGAGCAAGGAGUACUACCUGAACAUCCGCAAGGCCGUUACCGCCGGCUUCUUCAUGCAGGUGGCUCACCUGCAGCGGCAGGGGCAGUACAUGACGGUCAAGGACAACCAGGUGGUACACCUGCACCCCUCCACAUGCCUGGACCACAAGCCCGAGUGGGUGCUGUACCAGGAGUUUGUGCUCACCACCAAGAACUACAUCCGCACCUGCCUGGACAUCAAGGGCGAGUGGCUGAUCGAUGUGGCGCCGCACUACUUCGACCUCUCCAACUUCCCCGCCGGCGAGUGCAAGCGCGCGCUUGAGCGCCUGUACGCCAAGAAGGAGAAGGACAAGAGCGACCGGUUCUAAGCAGUUGCGUCCCCGUGCUCGUGCGUGCGUGGCUGUGUGUGUGCUCAAGUGUGCAGUCGUUGUGUUGUGGAGAGAUGUGUGGGGUACAACGUGAGGGUGAGGAUGCGCAGCUGAAGGAUCGAGCGGCAUGCGCUCGCGUGGUGUGCAGGCUGAUUGGCAAUACUGUACCACGCAAAAGCGUGCGCUCCUGCCAGCGCGGGCAGGAGCUAAGGCUGUCGUUGUGGCCUACACGCCGUAACACGUGGCAUGCAGAUAGAUAGAUUGAACUCUCACGGCUGAGUUGAAGGGCGUUGUCGGAUGGCGGCACACCGAACCAGCUAUUGUGAGUGUGCUAUGGGGAGAGCACGGUACAGGUGGUCAUCAGCCGCAAUGGACGCCGUCCACGCCAAGCAGUGCGCUGGGCAACAGGGUGUGGCAAAUUAAUGGACAAGCAUUUGAGUCCUCGAAAUGGAGGCAGGGCUGAAGAGGCAAGCGAUUGACGCUAAUAGUGGAGGGACCAAGUGCCGCAAGUCGGAGCGUGCGUACCAGGAGCGCGCGUAGGGUGGUGAAGUGGACACGUGGCAGUGCUGCUUGCUUCCGUGUCUGUUGCGCACGUGACUAUGCGGUAAAGCUGUGCCGUGGCAAGUGCCUUCAAUGUGUGGCUUGUUGCGACCAGUAAUCACACUGAUCUUGUCGAGCCAAAUGCUCGGCACGCUCCGU